UCGCUUAACCACCGAGUGAUCAUGGUGUUUUCGAAGAGAAAGAUGAAGCAGUUCCUAGCGUUCGGAGUGACGAUCGUGCUCGUGAUUUGUUUGUACAAAUCAUGGGGCAGUCCAACAAACGGGAUGUCACACUAUGCGUAUGAUGACGGUGAUAACGCGAUUGACGGCGCGGUAGAUAACACGGCCGUCGAGCAGGAGAAUCGGCGGGCCGGUCAAUCACCGGAACGGCUUGUACUGUCGGUGGCCGAUCGCAACGGUCACAGGCACCAUAACAGCCUCGAUGGAGCAAAUGAUGAUGAUGCUGACGUUGGUGAACCAUUGGGGCAUGAUAAUGUUGAACGGGUGUUGAAGCAAAACAAGCUACGGUCACUGCGAAAGGGAUCUUCCUUUGGCGUGAUGCCCAAACGACACGACGAUCUUGCGCUAGAUGACCCCGAGCGAGAAUCACGGUUAAACGAGCUACACGAGGCUAAACGACAAAUACUGGAGCUGGAACGGAAGAUACAGGAACUGGAAGGUCGGAUACCGCGCAAGUACCCGGACGUAACGUUUUUGAACUACAAAAAUCGUAAACGAAUACUGAUAACGGGUGGAGCCGGUUUCGUUGGAUCACACCUGGUCGAUUAUCUCAUGAUGCAAGGCCAUGAGGUGAUCGUGGCGGAUAACUUCUUCACGGGCCGGAAGCGUAACGUGGAACACUGGUUGGGGCAUGAAAAUUUCGAACUCAUCCACCACGACAUCGUUAAUCCGCUGUUCAUCGAGGUGGACGAAAUUUAUCAUCUGGCCAGCCCGGCUAGCCCACCGCAUUACAUGUACAACCCGGUCAAGACGAUCAAAACGAACACGCUUGGUACGAUCAAUGUGCUCGGUUUGGCGAAACGCGUGGGCGCCAAGGUACUGAUCGCCAGCACGUCCGAAGUGUACGGCGAUCCCGAUGUGCAUCCGCAGCCCGAAACCUACUGGGGUCAUGUGAAUCCGAUCGGACCGCGCGCCUGCUACGACGAGGGCAAACGCGUGUCAGAAACGCUGAGCUACGCGUACGCCAAGCAGGAGAAAGUGAAUGUACGCGUGGCGCGAAUCUUUAACACGUACGGACCACGAAUGCACAUGAAUGAUGGGCGCGUCGUGUCUAAUUUUAUUAUACAAGCGCUACAGAACCAGUCCAUAACGAUUUAUGGAAGCGGUCGACAGACACGAUCGUUCCAAUAUGUGUCGGAUCUGGUUGACGGUUUGGUAGCGCUGAUGGCAUCCAACUAUACGCAACCUGUCAACCUUGGCAAUCCGGUCGAACGGACGAUACAAGAUUUUGCCGAAAUUAUACGCGACCUGGUGGGCUGCAAGAGCAAAAUCAUCGAACUGCCCGCCGUCGAAGACGAUCCGCAGCGACGGAAACCAGAUAUUUCGAGGGCAAAGAAACACAUCAACUGGGAACCUAGGGUUCCGUUACAAGAAGGACUCAUGAAAACGAUAGACUACUUCCGCAAGGAGUUAGCCCGCUCAAAUCACUCACAGCGAAACAUCUUUGUUCCCGAAACGACGGAGUUCCGCAAUUUGCUAUGAUACCGGAUAUUAUGAUGUAAUGCGGAUUAGUGUGCCAGAUAUGGCAAACAGGAUUUAAUCCUUUCCUGCACAAUAUAUUGCACCUUCGCUUUAAAGCACAUAGGAGACGACGGGCAGAAAGUGCAUUGUAGAUAUGAGAAGGGCUUGCCGUAAUGUAUAAGUCUAGCAAUAUGAUUAUCAUUUACUGAUACUCUCUACGUUUUAAGGAAGAGUAGUGAGUGAGUAUUUUUCCGUAAAAGAGUGUCACAUUUCAAUUCCCAAAAUUGAAGCAGUCUUUCAAAAACGUCCAGUAUCUAUUAUUUCGGGUUUAGAUUCGCCAUCCAAUUUUUGGUUCAAUUUAAGAAGAUUUAUAUAAUUGCAGCCACACGUUCUAAACACUGCAAACAGCAUAGUUUAGCAAAUUUUCGAAUAGUGUAUGAUUCUAUACCGGUACGAGCAGUAAUCGCGUGCAAUUUAGCAAGGAAUAAUUCAAAUUCAAAUGAACAAAACCGUGUAAAUCUGAUUUAGAAAUUAUUUGUUACCGAUUUCUAGCAACAAUGCUGCAUCAAAUGCUUAGAGAGUGAACUGAACUUUUACCGAUCGUCAGUCUCUUUUAAAUGUAAAUACUUUCUAGUCUGGUUUUAAUAGCAUAGUACGUAAUGUGGAAUAUGUUUUUGGUUUACCUGUUUGUUUUUGGUGAAAUAAGAUAGGAGUGCUGAGAAUCUGUUAAAUAUGUAAUCAGUAGAAAAAUAACAAUAAAAUAAAAUUUA